UCUCUUUAAGCAACUUUUACGCACGGAGCCAUGGCGCACCGCUCUCUCUUUGUGAUGGUCCGACCUGUGCGCGCCCCCGCCUUCAGAAAUGAGGAAACUUCUGUCUUCUUGGCUAAACUCUCACCAAACAAAGAAUCMGGUUGCUCUUAAAGGAAGCGUUCUAACUGAGACUCCAUCGUUUGUUCCAAAGCUCCGAUGAGAGAUCCGGGGUCACCGCAGCGGGUCUCAUGGCUUACCAUUUUUUCCAGGCUCGCAGAACAGACGCAUUCCCCUUGCCAGCCUUCCAMUUCAGCGCUCAGCCUUCUUUUCACCCAGCCUUGCCUCUCCCGGGGCCCGCCUCGAGCUCUGCGCCUCUGUCGGAGACGCUCGCCUGUGACGCGCGGCUGCGCGCGGCUCUGGAACUCCGUGCCCAGCCGGUGCGUCCCGGGUUUUUGAAGAGCCUGCAGUCUGAAGAACAGCAGGAUGACGAGCCGAAAGUUACUCUGGAGUCAAAGGACUUGUGGAGRGAGUUUCACAAAAUGGGUACUGAGAUGGUUAUCACGAAAUCAGGCAGGAGGAUGUUCCCGCCUUUCAAAGUGCUUGUGGAGGGCCUGAAUGAAACGGCUAAAUACAUCCUGCUGAUGGACAUUGUCGCUGUUGAUGACUGCCGCUACAAGUUCCACAACUCCCGCUGGACGGUGGCCGGAAAAGCGGACCCAGAGAUGCCAAAGCGCAUGUACAUCCACCCCGACAGCCCGUCCAAAGGAGAGCAGUGGAUGAGCAAGCCUGUCGCCUUCCAUAAACUCAAACUCACCAAUAAUAUAUCAGAUAAACAUGGAUUUACUAUUUUGAACUCCAUGCACAAGUAUCAACCCAGGUUUCAUGUGGUGAAAGCCAACGACAUAAUGAAGCUUCCCUACAGCACCUUCAGGACUUACGUUUUUCCCGAAACCGAGUUCAUUGCUGUCACUGCCUAUCAGAAUGAAAAGAUAACACAGCUAAAAAUUGACAACAACCCCUUUGCCAAAGGAUURAGAGACACUGGAAARGGGAGACGAGAAAAGAGGAAUAAACAGCUUGGUGAUUCUUUGCUGCACGAGAGCCAUAGUGAAGCAGAUCAGGACUGUGGUGAUUCUGAUGAGUCUUGUGAACAACCCAGUACCAGCGAGCCUUUUUAUUCUCCUGUGGUGUCCACUCCCACAUGUCACGAGGAAAACAGUAUCGGAAGUGAUUCAGAUGCUGAUCCACAAGAAGAAAACACUUUUGAAGCCAGCCGUUUCAGGUCUUCUCAUACUUUCACCAUGAGUCAGAGGAACAAGGACAUAUUACAAAACAAGUCUGACCCUAGUGAGAGGACCAACAAUCAGGAUGGAYAAAAAGAGAGAACAAUGCAACGAACAUUGGAUGACAGCUACCCCAUGGAGCUGAACUCUGCAGAAACCCUGCCUGUGGCGUUGCACUCAUCAUCCCUCAGUGAGAAUCACUGUCUGACUUUGGAUUUCUCUGGAGUUCAUCCCCAACAUUUAAUCAGGGCUGGGGCACCUUUGUUAUUUCAGUCAGGACAGAUGACAGGAAAACCGAGGGGGUUUUACACUGUCGGUGCAGGACCUGGAUUUAUGUCUUUGCCUGGAGCGAGGGACUUUGAAAACCAUGGCUUGUUGCCUCAAGGAAUCACCUUUUCAGCUCCGAUUCAUCACUCACUGGUUUCUCAGGGAUUCUUGCUGUCACCUUUCGGAGGGGUGGUGUCAUAUCCUUACCACUUCACAGCACCACCAGGUGAAAUGGCUUCAGCUCCUCCCACCUGCUCCAACAUGCGAUCUCACACCAGAACCCAUCAUCACAGUAACUCUCAACCUUGGUUGCGAUUCAGUCCAUAUCAGACCCCUUCGUCUUUCACCUCCCGUCAAAACCUGGUAGCCCGCUGCCUGCCUGGUAGGUCACAUUCACAGCUUGAACUGUCCAAACCUGGAGGCCCAGGCUUAACUUUAACAUCUGACAGUCACGGCUAUGAAGGAAGGGCCAUGCAGAGGARUGUUCCACCCCUGGCCAGGGUUUCUGUUGAUGAACUGCAUUACAACCGUAAAUUUAUGAAGCUGCACACGACAAACAUCUAAAAUAAAUAUGAUAAAAACCUGGA